AUGGCUGAUUUCUCCAAUCACCCCCAUCACCAAGGCACGCCCAUGCAGGACGACAAUCGCCAACAUCGACCAGCGUACCUUGAUCAGGCGGUACCUUCAUCCCAGCCUGCUCAAGCAUGCGAGAGUCAGAGCCAGUCCGCUUCAUUCUUUGGAAACCGGCCAAUCGAGUAUCGCCCCGGCGCACAAGAGGCUUUUGUUCCCAUGCACAAAGACCAUAGCCAUUCUCAAGCUCCAUCGCAGCCGCUACCGCCUCACACACAGGCGCAGCGGCAUUGCCCUCCUUACCGCCCAGGCCCCGAGGACAGCCGUCGACCAACAUCAAGUAGCCAUGGCCUAGACGGCGGCCAUGGCUCUGCUUCGCAUCACCCUGCCCCUCCUCCGCACUCGCAUGCCUAUUCCUCUGAGUCUCCACGUCAUGUCAACUACGAACCUACUCCGCAGCUUCCUUUGACCGUCUUCACGUACCAUCAGCAUCCCACGCCUUCAUCAUCCAUGCAGCCUCCCCAAGCAUACGAAAGUCAGAGUCAACCUGCAAAUACAUCCUCUGGAGACCAGCCUAUGUACGGUGGCUUGUAUGCGUCCUCAAGUGUGGUCCAGGUGAAGAAGAAGAAUACAAGAGCUGCUCAGGCCUGUGACUCGUGCCGUCAACUGAAAGUCAAAUGCGACGAAACUAGACCCUGUAAAACAUGCAGAGACAGACGGACCGAAUGCAAAUAUCGCGAUCCACCGCCCAAAGUCGCUGACAAAACCCAAUCCGAUAUCCUCGACGGCAUUGCCAUGAUGCAGACCCAGCUAGCCACGCUUACUGAGCACUUUGCUCGGAUGGACGAACGCCUCACACAAAUUGAAUCAGUUGCUUUCAAGGGCGACCCUCAUGCCAAGUCGAAUGCGGCAGUGGUGGACCAGGAGAUGGAGGACCAGUACAAAGAGGAGAGCACGCCAUUUACUGGAGACGAAAUGGUCAAAUACUCGUCGCAAGAUGCUGCGGCCCGUCCCGACCAAACGAUUUUGCCUGAGGAUGAGGAAGAGACAGAGCCGGGCCCUCCGCCCCCUCUUGGCGAGCCGGCUAUUCCCAUGAAUCAUACUACACUGGCCGGCCUUUUACUGAACUGGCCCUCCAUCCAAGAGCUGACAAAACACCACGUCGAGCGCGAAGGUGUAGGCUACGUGGGAGAAUAUCCCAUCAGUCAAGAACAGAAGCGAGGGUUGUUGCUCGUGUACGGGCGUGGUGAGGAUAAAAGAACGUCGCGGAAACAGCGUGAGCGCGAACAUGGCCUUCAAAGUGGCCAUACAUCUGACAAUUCACCUGUCUCUUGUUCAACCUCCACGGCAACUGAAGCGGCAGAUUGGGGUACCUUCAGUGGCCAAAACUCAUGUGAUCAAGCGGACUAUAGAAGCGAUGUGCUUAUACCCGAUGGCACUCCUGACUUUUCUGAGAAGAACGUGUGGACCUCUGUUGAGGCCUUCAAGGACAACAUUCUCAAUCUACAUCCCAUCGUGCAACCUGCGAUACUAGAUGAAUGGGUUCGCCAAUUCCUCGAUCGUCUCCCACUGCAAGAUAACAAACACAGUGGCAAGGUCAGUACAGCCUGGGCUGUGAAUGGCUCCGUCGAGUCUACUCGUCCGAAGCGCAAGAGGUCGUGUCCGGCGCCCCACAGUAUGGAUAUGGUGGCGGCUUCAGCCACUUCCCGAAUCGGCCAGCCAGAUCGAACGAUGGAUACGGCGCUUAUCCUGACUGUCAUGGCACUCGGCAAGGUGUGCCAGCAUCGGGACUACGUGCCGGAUGCUCUCCAUGAGGGUGAUCCAAUGCCUCACAGAACCGGACAGUAUCACCGAAAUAUUAUUUCUCAAGCGCCAAAGGGCUCGCCGCCGGUGGAUAUCUCGCGUUCGCAAACAUCAAGUAUAGCGUCCCCUCGCGUCCAAGACUCUUCAGACCACAGGCGCCGUUCGUCCUUGGCAAGUACUGCUCGUCCAGACCUACUGAAAAAGAAUUACGAGAACAUACCGGGCCUGGAAUACUUUGCCUUUGCGACCGACAUUCUUGGUAACCAUCUCGGUUCCUAUAACAAUAUGAAGAACGUCUAUGCCGACAUCUUUGCUGGCCUCUAUCAAGGCCAACUCGGGCGGCCUUUGGAGAGCUUUGCAUUCAUACACAGGGCCAGCCAUAAGCUUCAGGUCAUCAUGCGUCCCAGCCUAGAAAAGCUCAAGAGAUUGAAAGCCACGCGAGAGUUCAUCAAAGACACCAAGUAUAACCAGCUUUCGUUGGCGUUUUGGACAUGUCUACAAUUGGAGAGUGAUAUACUUGCUGAACUUCCGGUUCCGCCUUCAGGUCUCUUGUCCUACGAGAACGAUAUCCCGCAGCCUAACAUGAGCCUGCUCGAAGGCUUCCCGAAGCCUGUCCUCGACAGUUACCUUGGCCAGCUAUACCUACGAACGCAUCUCAACAGCAUCCAUCGCAUGUUUUACGCGGCAGAGGACCCGGCCAAGGCGGCUGUGGGGGGAAUGCCGUUCAGAAAUGUCGACGUUGUCUCUGCUGCGGUCUGUGGAAUGCAAUGGGUUGGCCCAAGCUUCGCCUUUAAGGAAGACGAUCCUCCUGCCUCGGAUAUUCUUUCCGCAAGACUCCGUGCCAAGUACUGGGGGGCUCAGGUUCUGACUUAUCGACCAUUCUUGAGGCAGAUCCUACAGUUUUCGUUCGUUAAGAAUCAUCCGACCACUGGACAACUGCCCUCAUCAGAGUUCCGCGCCGAGGUUGAAGCUCCACGUAUCGAUCCGCAGGCGAGAAAUGUACAGGAUCUGAACCCACACAUUCUAGUUCUCGCCCAGAAAGCUAUCAAGGCUCUCGUUGAGAGCACAAGAGCUUUCCACGGGCUCGACAACAAGCGGCCCGUCAUCACCAGCGUCUUUAGCACAGCGCACGCCCAGUGGGGUAACCUUCUCGUCUUGUCUGCGGCAUUCAAAGAUCCCAUCAUGCACGAAUAUGUUGACGAAAACCUUUUACGCCACCUGUUCCAGAAGACCAUCGCUUUCCUGCGGCAAUCGGCCACGGCCACGAGUUCGCUGCGCAUUGACAUGCACAUUCUGGAAGGGCUCCAGAAGGACUUUUGGGAUUCAACCUCACACGACAACAGCAUGGAUUAUUCACCGAACAAUAUGUAG